AUGGAGGACGUUUCCGAAGACGACGUGUUCAUCGAUGGCGAACCCUCAACGGCGACGACGGCGGCCAAGAAUCUCGACGAUCUCAUCGAAUUGCGCUUCUACUGCUUCAUGGUGCUCGUCAUGGCCGAGAUUCUCGCGUUCACCGCGCUCGCCAGUGUGACGAUGAUGGUUUUCGCAGCAGCGACGACGAUGAAAACCGGAAUUUGA